AAUCAUGCAAUUUUGUGGGCUGGUGGGGGGGGGGAGGUCGGGGAGCGUUUGUUGACAUUGUUGAGCAUUCUGAUUUCAUCUUGUUGGACUCAGCAGGUUGAAACCGUCCAUUUAGUACUCGUCGCCAUUAGGGUUGGAGGUGGCUGAAGUCCAUCCCAAGACUUUUGGCCUCUUGCGUCACGUGACUGGUUACCGGCAGAUCAAUUCAUUGCUCUUCCACUAGAUGGCAGAAGGUAAACUUAACCUGUGCAAAGCUGAUGUAUGUCCACCUGUUGCCAUUUUUACAACAGUUAUUUAUCAAUUAUUUUUUUCCCCCAGAAAACUUACGUCUGCAACAUUUUUGGGAGAGGGGAGGGGCGUUGUGACUUGAGAAUUUCCCAAGGUACCGUUUGUCCCUUUGGCCCAAGAAAGGUUCAACACACUGAUUUACAAUUUUCACCCCUGUGGUUCCGAAGCUCACCCCCCCUCCCCCCCUCAUCCCCGCUUUAAAAUUUUCCAUCUUGGGGCUUACUUAAUGAUGAAAAGUGUGCACGAUAGUUGAUGUUUUUGUCAGCAUUUUUAGGACAUAUGCACGGUAAAUAAGUUCCAACCGGACCAUGUCGUCAUGUUCGGCUCCAUUGGGCCAGUGUCGAGCAUGCAUGUGUGUGAAAUGUCCUGAAAUAAAGUUGCAACCUGACCUGACGUAGCAUGCAUGCACCCACCGGCUGUCUGUCUGUCUGUCUGUCUGUGAUGCAGCUGGAAAGGGAGGGAGGGUGCAGUCAGGAGAAUCCGAGGCGGCGCCUGCUUACUGGGCCACCCUCAGUCACUCUCAGCUCGGCACCGGUUCUGUGGCGGCGGUUUCCCUCUUCCUCCUCCUCCUCCUCCUCCUCCUCCCGGGAAAGUCAGCGGACACUUGGCGGCUCGGCAGCCCAUUAGACAGUUUCGCCUCGCCGCGUCUCGCGCCCGAGCUCACGCAGCAUGUCCGCCCCCGCCAGCAAAGAAGUGAAGGAGCUCAACCCCGUCGACUUCAUUCAGCUGCAGCAGUACAUUGAAUAUUGCAGCCUGAAAGUGAAAGACGUGCUGCGGGAAUUUGACGCUGAUGGCCGCCUGUCCCGGCACAGACACGGAGAGUGCAUCGACGAAGAAGGCUUCCGUCUCUUCCUGAAAACGUACCUGGAAGUGGACGACUUCCCAGCCGAUCUGUGCCAGCGACUCUUCCGCUCUUUCCAAAACUCCGAACCUGCUCAGGAAGACAACGGCAAGGAGGUCUUUCUAAAGGAUGUUUCGUGUUACUUCUCACUCUUGGAGGAUGGUCUGCCUCGGGACAAGCUGGAGUUUGCUUUCAAGCUCUACGACAGAGACGGCAACGGCGUCCUGGACAGCUCGGAAGUGGAUAGAAUUAUCGCUCAGAUGAUGCACGCUGCUGAGUACUUGGGAUGGGACGUGUCAGAGCUCAGGCCGGUUCUCAAGGACAUGAUGACAGCGAUAGAUGCUGACAGCAGCGGUACGGUUUCUCUGGAGGAGUGGGUGGAAGGAGGCAUGAACAACGUCCCCCUGCUCGUCCUGCUCGGCCUGAAGAUGACCCAGACAGACGGGCAGCACCUGUGGAGAAUGAAACAUUUCAGCAAGCCAGUUUACUGCAACGUGUGCCACUGCAUGCUGCUGGGCCUCAGGAAGCAAGGCUUGUGCUGCACCUGCUGCAAGUACACGGUCCACGGACGCUGCGCCAACAGGAACCCAGCCCCCUGCGCCAGAACCUAUGUGAAGUCCAAGAAAGAAACAGGGGUCUCAGCGCACGACUGGGUGAGUGGGAACUGUGAAUCGAGGAAGUGUGACAAGUGCCAGAAGAAGAUCAAGAGUUUGCAUGGUCUUACGGGCAAACACUGCGUGUGGUGCCACUCCAUGCGCCACGACGCGUGCGCAAACGAAGAACCGAGCGAGUGCACGUGCGGCCCACUCCGAGACCACAUCCUGCCCCCGUGGGCCGUCUAUCCCGUCAUCAAGGAGCGAUCGAACAGCUGCUCUGCUGACGACGCUGAGCUCAACACAACUCCCGACGGACAAAUCCUUGAGAUCAGCCCUGUGCCCAAUACCCACCCUCUUCUCGUUUUUGUCAAUCCCAAAAGUGGCGGCAAGCAGGGGGAAAGGGUCUUGCGUAAGUUUCAGUACUUGCUCAACCCUCGGCAGGUGUACAACCUUUCCAAUGGUGGACCAAGCGCAGGCCUGAGUUUCUUCAGAAACCUUCAGGAAUACCGGAUCCUGGUAUGUGGCGGAGACGGCACUGUCGGCUGGAUUCUGGACGCCAUCGACAAAGCCGGUCUGCUGGUGCGGCCGCCGGUCGCCGUACUUCCGCUGGGGACAGGAAAUGACCUCGCGCGAUGCCUGCGGUGGGGAGGAGGAUACGACGGUGAGGACCUGAAUAGGAUCCUGAAGGACAUCGAGGGGAGCUCUCAGGUUCUGAUGGACCGCUGGAGCGUGCAGGUCAUCACGGAGGAGGGUGAAGAGAAGGGCGACCCUGUGCCAUAUGAAAUCAUCAAUAAUUACUUCUCCAUCGGAGUGGACGCCUCCAUCGCACACCGCUUUCACACCAUGAGGGAGAAACAUCCUCAGAAAUUUAACAGCAGGAUGAAGAACAAGCUGUGGUAUUUUGAAUUUGCCACCUCAGAGACCAUCUCGGCCUCCUGCAAGAAACUGAACGAAAGUUUAUCGAUUGAGUGUUGUGGCACUCCUCUGGAUCUCAGCAGCUUGUCCCUGGAGGGUAUUGCUGUCCUAAACAUUCCCAGCAUGCACGGCGGCUCCAAUCUCUGGGGGGAGACCAAAAAGGGGCUGACUGCUCAGGACGAGCCUGACGUGAUCUUGGACCCAGAAAUCCUCAAAGCGACCGGCCAAGAUCUGAGCGACCGUAGACUGGAGGUGGUCGGUUUGGAGGGCGCCAUGGAGAUGGGCCAAAUUUACACGGGCCUGAAGAGCGCCGUGAGGCUGGCGAAGACAGCGCAGCUCACCAUCAGGACCAAGAAAGCGUUGCCGAUGCAGAUCGACGGAGAGCCGUGGAUGCAGCCGCCCUGCACGAUUCACAUCACACACAAGAACCAAGCUAGUAUGCUGAUGGCUCCUCAGGCCAAAGCAUCGGGGUUCUUCAACUACAAAUAAAAGCAGACGCCGUGUCUCCAGGCACGAUACUGAAGUGAAAAAAUAUUUAUAUAAAACCUACAGAAAUGGAAAAUGGAAAUUCCAUAGCCACAUUUUCUUUUUUUUGUUGAAAUAACAAAAACAAUUAAAUAAGACUGAUAAUGCCUUAUCAGGGGGGAAGAAAAUGGCUGAUGAUCCCAGCAAAUUUAUUGCCUUUUCAAAAUUGGAAUAUUCUAAUGAUAAAUUAUUUUUUUGUUUGCUGUUUAUAUGUUGCUUUUUUUAUUCCAAAUUUCCAAAAAAGUCAACAAAUACUGUAAAAGUGGAAUUUCAAUUUUCCCACCGUCAACGACUCUUUUCAAUAAUGAUUACACUUUGGCGCCUGGAUUGCUGCACUCCACGUACAGUACUUGAUUAUUGUAUAGAAUCAACUGACAUGUCUUAGUCUAUAACGUCACGCUGUGUAGAUUAAUUGCAUUGUGAGAUUUAAAGAUAAAUGAAACUCUUAUUCAAUACAGUCAACGCCUCGAAUGCUUCAGGUAAACGCUGCUGUGGAAGUACUUGACGUAAAAUGUGCUUCAGGAAGGACGGCGAGUGCCUUUUCGACUGCUUCUGCCUAAAUUGAUUAGACACACUGGGAACUUUGCAAACGUGAUUGUUGUGUUUGUGGCUCUAAAGCUAUCUUACAAUAAUAAUAUGAUCAUAACAAAUUCCGAGAGGACCAUGAGCUAAAGAUUGAAUGUGGCCGAAAGAAUUUCAUACAUUUAAGAGAUAGUGUGUAUGUGUUUGUGUGCGAUGUCUCUUGCUAGAGGGACGUAGCCCUCAAAUAUCAGCUAGAAAUGAAAUUGUUCAGGUUUAAACGAGUGUUUGUGUGUCACUAAUGUACUCCUGUAUGAAAAUGUUUACGUCACAAUGUGAAAUAUCGACGAAGUCAUGUCAUUUCAGCAUACCAAGAGGAUGUUGAGACAGCAGUAGGCCUGAAACAAUACAGUAGAAUGUGCAAUGACAUUUCAUUUAAAAAAAAAAGUCUGGUGUUCACUUUUCUCUCAAAAGAGGGCGCCAUAUACUUUUGUGUUAAAAUUAUAUUACGACCGUCUAACUCUUUUUAAAUUAUUAAUGUUGUCCUUUCCCUGAUUUGCUUUGAGAGAAUAAGGAUUAAGUCAUAUAAUAUAAAUAAAUAAAUACUGCUGUUGUUACUGUCACCGUUGUUGUUUUUUCCUGUCAACUAUAGGCAAUGCAUUGUGCAUUUUUAUACCUGAGGAUUUUGUUCAGAAUGUAUAUUCUCACAAACCAAAAACGAAAAAUUACUUCCUUGAAAAGUGUUUUUAAGAUUAGAUCGACAAUUUUGGAGCAUCAAAAACUGAGGGUUUUAAAUCUGAAAGACAAAUGAAGUAAGAAAUCAUCACAAAAUGACUUAUAGCAAUUUUUUUUAGAUGUGAGGAGUCAAUAGGCAAACGGUUUUUUUUGGGGGGGGCAGAUGUCAGAACAUUGUUAUAGGCAGA